CGACGGAGCGGUGAGCGAAAUGGUAACGUUGCGGAUCCAAUCCCACAUACCCCGACUGACCAAAAACCACGCAAGCCCCAGAUUCUGCAUGCGGCACACGUGCUGGGUGGGCGCAUGUGCUUGGUGAUGUGCUGGGUCAACGUCGGGAGAUGUCGACUGCCAUUUGCAUCGUAGCUCUAGAUGGGAUGCACCUGCUUACAGGUUGACAGUUCACCCCCUCGCGUUCGCAUCCCAAUUGGAAGGAACCCAAGAAGGAACCCAAGGCCAACGAGCGCUGGUUGCUUCUCGUUGGAUCGCGCCUUCUGUCGCAGCCCACCUCGUGUCCAAUGACGACAUGUACACUGACGGCAAGCCCAGCCAAGAUCUCAGCAAAUGCUGCAGGCGCCUCAAGGACAAAAAAAAACAGGAGGCCCGACUCUCACGCCACCAUGAACCUAGGUAGGUACCUAGGUAUGCACAAGGUACCUACGCACAAGGCGUGGGUGAAUCCAAUCAGCGGCAGUGCAACCAGAUUACGCCAUCUGGUGCAAGUACGACGCAAAUAGAUGAGAUGCGCUUGGAUGCAUUCUUAUUUACGUGCAGGCCGCCACGUUUGAGCUCCUCUCAAUCUGGACCAUCUGCCAUCACCUGCCCGGACAUCUCCCACAUUUCACUGCAUCUCGGUUGCAUAUUCGACCUCUUGUUUCCCCACCCAAGCUGUACCAGCCCAAAAUGGCUUCAGCUGAGGAUCCCGAGAAGCAGGGAAAGGUCGCCGACACCUCGCCGGCGCCGAGCGAGGCCGCCCUGGGCGCCAACGACAUCGCCAUCAUCCCCAAGGGAGCGCUGGAUCCUGUCUACGAGGCCAAGGCCCGGGUCCUCAAUCGAGCAGUGCGUCCCGCUCUCGCGCAGCUGAAGAAAGGGGUUGCCUCCAAUCUACUUAUUAAUACACUAGCUGCGUCCUAGAUCCAAGAUAUUGGCAUGGGAUGGUACCAGUGGCAGCUGUUCAUCGUUGUAGGUUUCGGCUGGGCCAGCGACAACUUGUGGCCCAUUGUCACAUCUCUCAUCUUCACCCCAAUCGUCUUCGAGUUCGGCCCGAGCCGUCCGCCUCUGCUCUCGCUGGCACAGAAUAUUGGCCUCCUGGCCGGUGCCGUCUUUUGGGGAUUCGGCUGCGAUGUCUUUGGUCGCAAGCUGGCCUUCAACCUGACCCUCGGCCUGACUGCCUUCUGGGGCAUGAUCGCCGCGGGCGCCCCCAACUUUGCCGCCAUCGGCUCCUUUGCAGCACUGUGGUCUUUCGGCGUUGGCGGUAAUCUUCCCGUCGAUUCGGCCAUAUUUCUCGAGUUCCUGCCGGGUACCCACCAGUACCUCCUGACCGUCCUGUCGGUCGACUGGGCAAUCGCCCAAGUCAUCGCCACACUCAUUGCCUGGCCGCUUCUAGGAAGUUUGACCUGCCAGGCCAAGCAGGUGGAUGGAGUUGCCUGCUCCAAGGAGCAGAAUAUGGGCUGGCGCUAUUUUGUCAUCACCAUGGGUGGUCUCACCCUCUUCAUGUUCCUCUUCCGCUUCCUGCUCUUCACCAUUUAUGAGUCGCCAAAGUACCUUAUGGGCCGCGGCCGCGACGAGGAGGCUGUCCGCGUCGUGCACGAGGUCGCCCGCCGCAACGGCAAGACUACGCCACUGACUUUGGAGCACCUCAAGGCCUGCGAGCCCGAGGGCUACGUGGCAAACACGAGCGCCGCGACCGCUGUCAAGCGCCAUCUCAUCCAACACCUCGACUCGAACCAUGUCAAGGUCCUCUUUUCGUCGCCACGCCUUGCCCUCAGUACGGGGCUCAUAAUGGCCAUCUGGGCCCUCAUCGGCCUGGCCUAUCCGCUGUACAACGCCUUCCUUCCCUUUAUCCAGCAGACGCGCGGCACCGACUUUGGCGACGGUAGCACCUACGUCACGUACCGCAACAGCCUCAUCAUCGCCGCUUUGGGAGUCCCCGGCGCCCUCCUGGGCGGUCUGCUGGUCGAGGUGCCUCGGAUCGGCCGCAAGGGCGCCCUGUCCAUCAGCACGGUACUGACGGGCAUCUUCCUUUAUGGCAGCACGACAGCGGUCAGGAGCGACGCUCUCCUGGGCUGGAACUGCGGCUUCAAUUUUGCUAGCAAUGUCAUGUAUGCCGUUUUGUACGGCUACACCCCAGAGCUGUUCCCCACACCGCAACGUGGAACUGGAAACGCCCUCGCUGCCACGUCGAACCGCAUUUUUGGCAUCAUGGCUCCCAUCGUCGCCAUGUUUGCCGACCUGAGGACAGCAGCUCCUGUCUACACCAGUGGAGCUCUCUUCCUCGCCGCCGGCGUCAUCGUAUUGCUGCUUCCGUUUGAGUCGAGAGGCAAGGCUGCGCUUUGAGGACCUGUGCGAUAUCACCAACCCGUGCUUGGGAUUUCAUUACUAUGGCUUAUGACUAUCAUCUAUCUCUACGAUGUAGCUCUAAACGAUACUCGCGCUGAAGUCAGACGCGAGAUAGAUGGAUUAACAGAACGAAUAUGGCAGUUUAGGCCGCCCACUCCAUUCCGAUCGCAU